CAAGGUUGGCAGCGUCGCUGUUUGACAGCCGUGAUGCAACGAUUGGCAUUUACUGCUUUUGUAACUCAUGUCGCAUUAAUUUUUUACAUCAACCCAGAGACCAGAGAUAAUGCGGUGUUGUUAAAAUUUGGUAGUGCACGUUCUGAGAUCUCGAUCGAUAAACCAUUAUAUUUUUUUUGUCAUGACAAAAAAAUACAUCGAUAACAAGCUAAGGGAAUGUCAUGUAAUACCUGCCGAACGAAUUUUUCAUUCUUCACAAAAGACAUUGGUUGCCCAAGCUGUGGCUUUUCUUCCUGCAGUAAGUGUCUCAAGUACAAAUGCGAUAUCCCCAAUAUAGGGACAAAGAAAGUUUGCGGACGUUGCUACAAUAAAUUGAACAGAAUGAAGAAAUCAAGUUCCGAAGACACUAUACGCGAAGUUUUAAUGUCUAAUGCAAAUUUAGAAUCACUUGCACCAAUUGACAUUACUAUGAAAUUGGAUUCAUUAGAAAAUCCUGUAAAACCUCCAAUAGUGAUAUAUAAGCAGGCAAAUCGCUGGGAUACACUUAAAAAAGGAUUAGAACCAGCUGACCAACAAAUUGUAGACAGAUUACGAAAAUUGAAAGAUAAAGAUUGUAACAUUUCAGUGCCUACUAUUGAUGAGAUAAAACAAAGACUAGCACUGUUGAAGGAUCAAGAUCCACAGGCUAGUGGAAGUAAUGUCAUAAAUAUAAAUCAAGUGGAUACUAGGACAGAUCAAGAGAAGGCGGAUGAUUUAAUUCAGGAGUAUCUCGCAGAAAUAGAAUUGCCUACGACCACUGAUCUUUGUAAAGAAAUUCAGAUGAGAAUGGAUUUCUUGCCGAAUGAUGAGUUAGUUACCAAAGUUUCAGCAAUGGAAAUAGAGACUCCUCCAAAUAUGGAAGAUGAAGAUGAAAAUGAGGAUCAGGAUGAAGAUGAAGAUAAAGAUGAAGACGAGUAUGAAUCUAGUAAUGAAUGUUUAAUAUGUUCGCGAACCGCAGAUGAACUAGAUUUGUACAGAUGUACAGGUUGUAAAGGCGAUCUUUAUUGUUCUACAUGCUUUGAAAGUUUCCAUGAUGAUUUUGAAAUGGAGAAGCAUAAGGCAAUUCGUUUUGUCAAACAAGAUGAAAAAGAUAAAUUGUCUUCUGCAAAAAUGAGCCUUAUACGAAAAUUAUUAACGUCAGAUUCUCAGAAGGAUAAUCAUUGAUAACAGUAUUAUAUAAAAACAUAAAAAAGCAUUUUGUGUGGACAUUUUUAUGCAAAUUACAUUAUAGGCUGAGCUACAAUCCAACAUUUUGCAGACAUAAAACUAUAAUCUGUAAAUAUUUGUAACAAACGUACAAAACAAAUAAUUUAAAAAUUUUUAUAUUUGUUUAAUGUAAAUGAUUCUUUCAAAACUAAGUAUAGAAUUUCUGAAAAUACGCUUUGUCGCUUUUGGCUGUGUCGUUUUAUAGUAACGGUAUUUCUUUUACUAAUUUAUAUAUUAGUUGUACUGUUAACCUUCUAUUUUAACAUUAUACAGAUAGAUAUAAAAAAAAUACACGCGCAUAUAUGAAUAGAGAUAGGCAUAAGUGAUAUAGUGUAAACGUUCGUCUUGGAAACGUUAAUCUUUACAAUUCUGUGAAAUAAAGUUAUUUUGGCUAGUUA